AUGUCGUCGGCGGCGCAGCAGCUGCCGCGGACGGAGUCGCGGACGCUGUCGGGGCACGAGGGCGCGGUGCUCGCCGUUCGCUUCAACCACGACGGCAAGUACUGCCUGAGCUGCGGCAAGGACCGCACCGUCCGCCUCUGGAACCCCCACACCGGCGCCCACGUCAAGACCUAUAAAUCCCACGGUCGCGAGGUUCGCGACGUGAACGCGUCCUCGGACAACGCCAAGCUGGUGUCGUGCGGCGGGGACAAGCAGAUCUUCUACUGGGAUGUUGCCUCCGGCAAAGUCAUCCGCAAGUUCCGCGGCCACAACAGCGAGGUCAAUUCAGUGAAGUUUAAUGAGCACAACACUGUUGUACUGUCAGCUGGUUAUGACCGUUCGGUGCGUGCAUUUGACUGCAGGUCACAGAGCAGUGAUCCGAUUCAGACAAUUGAUACUUUUCAAGACAGUGUAAUGUCAGUUAAUGUAACCAACACCGAAAUAAUUGCUGGCAGUGUUGAUGGUACUGUCCGAACAUUUGAUAUUCGCAUGGGGAGACUGUCGAUAACCUGGGUCAUCCUGUCAACUGUAUAUCUUUGUCGAAUGACCGCAAUUGCCUCUUGGCUAACUGUUUGGAUUCUACCGUGA